AUGACGUAAUCAAACAGAGACACGCGUUCAAUAUCAGUUGUCACCUGUCUGUUGCGUCUAACCACUUUUGGUUGAGAUUUAUGGUCUACUAAAGUGUUUUUUCUUUUACACGUACCACCGCUUACUGUUCAGAUGGGAGGAAAAUGAAACGACAAUUAAGAUAUAGGAAGUUAUCCAGUCAUAGACAUAAAGACGAACCGAUCACUACAAUAGUGACAGUAACGCCAAACCUCAAAGACAUAGGACUGUAAAGGAGAACUACUGAAAGUGUUUUCUUCUAAACCAUAGAUAACUGAAAAGAAGAAUGAGCAAUUGAAGGCUGUCAUGAGGAUUCCAAAAUUUGCCCUCGCCUUUCUCUUUGCUGUUUGUGUGGUUGUGUACCUGACCUAUGUCAAGCACCACUACGAUGACAAGAAACCAGCACUUCUCAAGCAACCAUUGUACACUCCAGCCCUUCACAGCCACACAAGGCCAACUUCGGCUGAAGUAGUCAGUGAAGAGUUCCAGUAUGGAAUUAUGUUUGACGCUGGGAGUACGGGGACAAGAAUCCACGUCUUCAAAUUUCUCCUUCAGCGAAAUGAGUCCCCCAAAUUGGCACACGAGACCUUCAAAGCUAUUAAACCAGGUCUCUCUGCUUACGCAGAUGAUCCUGAUGGAUGUGCUGAGGGGAUUCUGACGUUACUUGACGUGGCUAAGGACGGCGUCCCGGCCCUGCAGUGGAAGAGCACGCCACUGGUGCUGAAAGCGACCGCAGGCCUCCGUCUCCUGCCCGGGGAGAAGGCUAACCACCUACUGAACAAGGUGAAGGAGAUCUUUAAAGCCUCCCCUUUUCUCUUCGUGGAGGAAGGUGUGUCCAUUAUGGAUGGCACAGAUGAAGGAGUGUCAGCAUGGAUCACCAUUAACUUCCUAAUCGGUGGGCUCCACACUGCCGACACCCCCACCGUAGGGAUGCUGGAUUUGGGGGGCGGCUCCACACAGAUCACCUUCUCCCCGAAGGACGAGAUAACCAUUCAAACCUCACCAGAUGAUAUUACAUCAUUUCAGAUGUUCAACCUCACCUACACACUUUACUCACACAGCUACUUGGGUCUUGGCCUGAUGUCAGCGAGACUGGCGGUAUUGGGAGGGACUGAAGGACAGCCCUUACAGGAAGGCCAGGAACUGGUUAGCCCGUGCCUUGCUCCUGACUACACAGGCCAGUGGAAACAAACUGAAGUCACAUACACUAUAAGGGGACAGAAAGCAGGAGAGCCCAUCUAUGAGUCAUGCCUUAACAAAGUGGAGAAAAUGCUUUACAAGAAGGUGAAGAAAGCAGAGAACCUCAAAGAUAUGCAGUUCUAUGCCUUCUCAUACUAUUAUGACAAAGGUGUGGACCUAGGAAUCAUAGAUGCGAAGGUCGGAGGAUCCAUUCGUGUGAGUGACUACAUCGAAGGUGCCAAACAAGUGUGCAAUAAUAUGGAUUCCAGCUCUGAAGGGAAUCCAUUCAUAUGUCUGGACCUCACUUACAUCUCAGUCCUUCUGCAGGAGCUGGGCUUCCCUGUAGACAAAGUGUUUAAGCUGGCGAGGACAAUCGAUGGCGUGGAGACCAGCUGGGCACUGGGAGCUACAUUUCACUUCUUGGAGACCCUCCGUACACAGAGCCUGACCCCUGAACAGUUUGGAGGUCAGGCCGAUAUUGGCCAGUGAGGAUUCACUGCAGAUAUUACUCUGGGAUCAUGUCUAUAUUGAUUGUAUUUUCUACAUUUUUACAUGGGUGUAAUCAUGAUGUGAUCUUUUGAUUCUGUUCUGUCGGUUUGAAUGUAUUGAGUAUUGUGUGUAAAUUCUGAAGGACUUUCUGUAUAAACUGAUGAAUGAAGCACAAGAGGUACUGAUAAUGUCAUCUUGAUAACGCAUGUUGAAUGUGUCCUACUGUUUUUACUUUUAAAUAUAUAAAGCACAAAAUAAA